AGGUAGGUUUCGCGCUGCAUCCUGGGUACAUAGCUCCACUGUGAUGCAGUGAGCCUGUUGUGUUGACUGGACACCAAAGUAAAGUGAAACUGGAGCGGGUCGGCUCCGAGGGGCUCUCCGAGCGAGUUACGAUGCGUCUUUCACGGUGUUGAACGGUCGCGGUGAGCCAUGAGCCAACUUCGCCGGUCGCCUCGAAGCGGAAUUAGCCACUGUUGAGCCCCGAAAACGAUUCCUUCUCGGAGGGGGGAAAGCAAAAAUGAAGAAGCCGAGCGCCCUGCUCCCCGUUGCCGGCUUGACUGGGAAAUGGUAGCGUGCUGUAGGGACCGCACUGGGAAGGAUCAUGGUCGAGAGGAGCAGCAAAUUCUUGUUGAUCGUCGUCGGAUCCGUGUGUUUUAUGCUGAUUCUCUAUCAGUACGUGGCCCCCGGGGUGAUCAAUUUCGGCUCCCCGCACGGUUAUUUCACGGAAGAAGACGAGGGGGACAUCUUCCCCACUCCGGACCCCCACUACGUUAAGAAAUACUACUUCCCCGUUAGGGACCUGGAGAGGACGAUUGAUUUCCAAAUUAAAGGGGAGGACGUGAUCGUGUUUUUGCACAUCCAGAAGACCGGGGGGACUACCUUCGGUAGGCACCUGGUGCAGAAUGUCCGUCUGGAGGUCCCCUGCGACUGCAGACCGGGCCAGAAGAAGUGUACCUGCUACCGGCCGAACCGCAAGGAGACCUGGCUGUUCUCUCGGUUCUCCACCGGCUGGAGCUGCGGUUUACACGCAGACUGGACGGAGCUCACCAACUGUGUGCCAGGGGUCCUCAACAAGAAGGAGAACAAGCAGAAAUCCCUGAGAAAGUUCUACUACAUCACUCUGCUGAGGGACCCCGUGUCUCGCUACCUCAGCGAGUGGAGGCACGUGCAGCGGGGCGCCACGUGGAAAACCUCCCUGCACAUGUGCGAUGGACGAACCCCAACGCCCGAGGAGCUGCCCUCCUGCUACGAGGGGUCCGACUGGUCGGGGUGCACCCUGCAACAGUUCAUGGACUGUCCCUACAACCUGGCCAAUAACAGACAGGUUCGUAUGUUGGCGGACCUGAGUCUCGUAGGCUGCUACAACAUGUCCACAGUUCCAGAGAAGAAGAGGGCCCAGCUUCUCCUGGAGUCUGCCAAGAAGAACUUGCGAGACAUGGCCUUCUUUGGCUUGACGGAGUACCAGAGGAAAACACAGUUCCUCUUUGAACGAACCUUCAGGUUGCGCUUCAUCAGGCCUUUCAUGCAGUACAACAGCACGCGGGCUGCAGGGGUGGACCUGGACAACACUACGGUCCAGCGUAUAGAGGAGCUCAACGAGCUGGACAUGGAGCUGUACGACUACGCCAGGGACCUGUUCCAGCAGCGCUACCAGUAUACCAGACAGCAGGAGAGGCGGCAGCAGCGCAUCAAGAACCACAUGCAACAGAGCCACCAGGGCCUGGGCAUCAGCCUGUGGCCCUCCCGCAGCCAGCAGAGCUUGGUGUCGACACUGGAGGACGGGGACGGAGAGCGGGAGGAGGGCGAGGAGGGAGGUAGAACGGAGGAGGCGGGAAGCAGGCUCCCCACUGAGGACUACAUGAACCAGAUCAUCAACCGCUGGUAGCAGAAGAAUGAGAACAAAGAACAGACAUGCAUAUGUAAUGUGAAAUGCAAACACAUACACACACACUUACACUCACACACACUUACACUCACAGAAAGUGGCGCCUGCUUCAAAGACCCGACUGACUGGAAAAAAAAAAUACAAAAAAAAAGAAAACUGACUUUACCAGAGUUGGGCUGCGGGAAUCAGAAUCCGAGUGGGUUGCUAUGGAAACCUGAGCUUGGUCGAUUGCAUCAGCUCACAUUAUUGAGGUUUGCCCAGUUGUUAUUAGCGCCUGCUUGACCUUUCCUCCCCUGUGCAUUUCUUUGUCUCUCCCAUCAUCAUUACUGACUGAGCAGAGGAGAGAUAUUUUUAAAAGUCGCUGACAGCUGAGUAACCCAACCAGCACUCCCGCCUCCGCUCCUCCUUCUGUAUUCCUCUCCGUCUCUAUGGCCUGAUAUGGAGCAUGAGAAAAUGAAUUUAAGUCUGUGAAUUCCCGCUAAUCCUUGCAAAAAAAGAAAGAAAGAAAGAAAGAAAGAAAGAGGGAGAAAGGAGAAAAUAAAGGACCAGUCUACUUCCUGGAUUCUCCAAUUUCAAAGGAACUGGGAGAGCAAUGAAAAUGUGCUGAUUGCUGGGCCGAACAAAGAAAAAGGUGCGUCAGAGACUGCCCCAGAAAGAUGGAAAGAAAAGUUGUGUAAUAAAAGCUUUCCGCUUUACAAAUAAAAAAAUGAAAUAAAAAAAAAUCUGUCAUCUCACCCAUGAACAUGCUUUGGCCAUGAAAUAGUGACAUUCUCAUUUUAGGAUGAAUUUAUUUGUAUUUUUCCUUCUGUGUUGAUGCUUUUUUUUUUAAAAAAGCACAAUUGUAAUAACACUGAGACCAACAUUGCUGCCUAAAGAAAAGUAAUUCCUUUAUGUCUUUGUUUUUAUUUGUUUUAUAAGUCAAAGCAAAUGGAUUAGAUUGAUGUACUAUGGACCAUAGCCAUUACUGAAGCCUUGCUUCUUAGGGGUGGGAAUUUUUGUUUUUUGUUUUUCUAGUCAAGGUUUCCACAGCCCUUGUCGCUUGAUAAGUUCAUUAUUUCUCUUUUUUUUUGGUCUCCAUCCUGCAGAGAAUGACAGCCAAUUACAGCGCAGAAUCUCACAUAGGUGCGAGGAAAUCAAAGGGAGGGGAAAGGAGCAAGUGUGCUGCAGGUUGUUGCCAGGAACUGUGUGAGCGGCAAGCGCUUUGGAAGCCUUGACUCAGACAAAUGCUUGAGAUGGGAGCCAUGGAACUUCUGGUCACCAUGGCAAUGUGAGCUCUUAAUGCAGUGGGUGGCAUUUUCAGUUUCACCGUUUAUUCCCAUUUCUUUCUUUUACCUUCUGACUGCGUUGUAAAAGUAGCAGUCUCAAAGAAGCUUCCGCCCUACCUGCUGAAAGGGCGCCCACAGCGCCGGUGACCCGCGGUUCGUUAGUGGGAGCUGUCUUUUUACCCUGAAGAACGGACAGGGCGAGGUAGCAGUGCCUCUAUGUACUGGGAAUCAUAGUCACCAUAAUUAUUGCUGAUACUAUGUCUGCAUUACACUACAGUAAUUUCUCUGACUACUCGUGAGUCUGUGUGGAUGAGUGCAAUUCUGCAAGAGUGCGUGUGUUUGUGUAAAUAGUAUGUACAGUAUGCCUUUGAUUGGCGUAUGUGUAUGCCUUUGUAAAUAGUGUGCCUGACUGACUGACAGAGGAUGUGCGAUGAGUUUUGCGAGUGAGUGGCUUCAUGACCAAUUAUAAUGCCUUUUUUGUUUUUGUGGAGGGCAGCAUGUCAGAGCAGUGCGACCCUCACAGUGAUGCAAGCCAAUAAUACUCCCCUCCCCUCUCCUCCUCCCCCGCGACCUGUCCUUAACCCUUGUUUUUUUUUGUCUGUUACCCAUGAUGAGGCUACGUAUAAAGACUAUCAGUACGACCACUUAAAAUCCUAAUGUGCAUUUUUGUCAAUCAGUCAUAAGUAAGCUUAGUGGGAUUUUUCUCCUUUUGUGACCUUAGUUCCCCUCUAUGUUAUUCAGUGAUUUGGUCAUGUAGCGUUAUGUAUGCAAACUGCAGGAGGGAAUCCAAACGUGCUAUCCAGCAGCUGGCCGUAUCUUCAAAGGCUUUUCCACGUUCCCACAGGGGUCCGCUUUUUAACUGAAAAGUUAAAUAUUUGCAUGGGGAAGACUGAAAAACUAUUUCCACGCAGCGUGCCAGCUACUGGCACAGGUCGAGCAGGAAGCCUGUGGAAAGAUCGGAUUUAAAAUGCGUCUUUAGCCCAGGGUCAUCAUUUUAUUGUUUUCUACAGUAAGUAGCUGCUUGAGUCACCACAAAGAGAACUGGAGACACAACUUCUAUCCAGAUCACAGGUAAAAAGAAAAUUAGAUUUUGAGUUCAAAGCCCAAGGUUGCGUAGGACCUCUGACGUGGUCACAGAUGGGGCUCUAAUGGCAGCAGUUUCCAGUCAUCUGUAGCUAAUCGACAUUAAGUCCAUAGCAGCUGAGAGAUAUCUGCAAUUUUCUGUAUUCUGCCAAUGAUUGUUUCCUUUCUAUAACUGCUGGGAACUUAUCUGGUUAGCUGAACACGUCUCAGGAAUAUAAUCAAUACUUUAAGGUCAUCAAAUUAAUAGCGCCCAGCUCACUGAAAAAUAUGGUGCAAAGCUACAUCUGUUCAUUAUCACUUAAUCAAGACUUUGUGCUACAGUGGGAUUUCGCUUUAGGCUUGAGUUACAGGCUGGAAACAAUAAAUGUAUUUGUUUCACAUGCAUGGAAGGAAGCAUUUUGAAAGAAUUUGGGUUUAAAAGUGGAUUGGAGUUGGAAAAAAUCCCUCAUCGACCCUGCCUGCAAGCAAACACUGUCAGCAAUAAAGCGGGAAAACGAAGAGAAUGUAAAAGUGGGACGGGAAGAAUCUAAACUGAAUGUAGUCCGCUGUUUGUGUCCUCAGGCAAAGGAUGCAGGCAAACAACCUACUUUCCUGGUAUCCAAAUACAUAAGAUGAUUCAUCUGGUUGUUAACGUUAUUUUUUUUUUUUUUUUUUUUUGUAAACAAAGGGAACAAUUUAGCUGAAAUUUAACAGGCCGGAUCCUCCUGUCCUCCUGCAGAUCUCUUUAUUUGAUCAGCUCUGUUUAAAUCAGGGAUGAUUUAUGAAGGAGAAAAGAACAAGGGCGAGGGGGGAUGAUGAAAAUGUACUGGGACACAUCCAGAGUCAAUAUGCUUCUUUUAAAGUAAUGCAUUAGGGAGAGGAAAAAUGGUUAUAGAAUGAGAGAGCUCCCUUUUUCAUAUUUUUCCAUCUCAGUCAUUGUAUUCUUCAAACCGGAGAUUUUUAUUUAUUUUUUUCCCCCCCUAAGCUCCGGGCGUUUUGCCCACAACUUCUUUUUCAGAGUCACACUCACAUUAGUCCAUGUUUUGGCUCGAAACCAAUAAUAUCUGGCUCCGCAUUAGUGGUUUCGGAACAAAUAAGACACCAAUUCUGUAUCUCAAGAGCGUUUCAUUUUCAGCGUCCCAGUUUCAAGUGUAGUAGUCCUCAAAAACACUCCCCGUACCUGAACAGAGUGUGAGAGGAAAUCUCAAACCUUUCACCGAAAUGAUUCCAGUUACCGAUGCUCUGAAGCUAUGCUCAGAUUUUUGUGUCUGAUCUCUGUGUAUAUCUGAUGUCUUAACAGCAUUUUUCUUUGUGACAAUGAAGCAACCCGGGUGUCGCUAGCAUCAUGCUUUUUAUUUUUUUAAAGAGUGUGAUAGAGAUGUGUGUUGUUUGUUUUUGUUUUUGAGUUGGUGUGCAGUCUGUCUCUGGCUCCUUCUGUAUGCAUAUUUCUGGGAUUGUUUCUUAUGAUUGCAAAAAUGAAUCAUCAAGCCACCAAUUAAAAUAUUUCAUUUUUACAGACCGGG